UAUGACUGUAACCCAAACAACCAUCAUGCCAGUGGUACGAUUCUUGUGUGAACAAGGAGGCUAGCUACACUGUAUCAAAAAUAAAACAUGUCAAUGGAUUGCUGCAAUGUUAUUUCGAUGGCGACAGUAGAACCCAAACUCAUCCUUUUAUUUAGCGGGAAACGCAAAUCUGGAAAAGAUUACGUGACGGAUUUGAUUCACAAAAGACUAGGUCCAGAUGUUUGCUGUAUCUUGCGUCUCUCGGGUCCUCUCAAACAGCAAUACGCACAGGACCAUGGAUUGGACUUUGAGGAGCUGUUGGGAGCAGGUGAGUACAAGGAGAAGUACCGUGCUGACAUGAUCCAGUGGGGUGAGAAGCAGAGGGAGAAGGACCCAGGGUUCUUCUGUCAUCUGGCCAUCAAGGGAGCCCAGCAACCCAUCUGGAUUGUGAGUGACACGCGGCGUCUGUCAGACCUGCAGUGGUUCUGGAGGGAGUAUCCUAAUCAGUCUCGCUGUGUUCGGGUGGAGGCCUCAGAGGACACACGGAGGGAGAGGGGCUGGGAGUUCACAACAGGAAUAGAUGAUGCAGAGUCGGAAUGUGGGCUCGACCAAGGAGUGGAUUUUGAUUGGAUAAUCAAAAAUGAGGGCGAUGGAUCACAACUGGAGGAGCAGCUUGUUACUGGGCUGCUCUCAAUAGCCAAAGAAAAGGCAAAAGAGGACUGAAGUGGAGGGGACAUUACACAGCUCUGCUGAAAGCUCUUAUUGUUGAAAAGUGGAAUUGGAUAUACAUUACACUAUUUUCUGUGAAAAUCCUAGAACACCUUUGAUACACUGAGGAGCAGCAGAAAGUGAGAAUAUGUAGUAUUUAUUUAUCUACAGUGUUCUGUACUAUCAACUAAGUAGCAGGGCAAGAAGAUUCAAAUCUGAGCAAACACCCAAACGGUAGCUCUGACCGAUGUAAGCGAAUUUACAAGGAUCACAUACAGGUAACUGCCAAAAUAAAGGAAACAUUUUAGUAAAUGAGGGCUACAAGGUAUAUUGAAAACUGGUGCUUCCACACAGGUGUGGUUCCUGACUUAAUUAAGCAAUUAAAACAUCCCAUCAUGCUUAUGGUGAUGUAUAAAAAAUGCCCAGUUGCCCAUUAUUUUGGCUAUCAUGGCUAGAAGACUUUGAAAGAGGGGGGUCUCAAAGGAGCAUAGCGUGUGUGUCUCAGUCACCAACUCUCAACCAAAUUGAACCCAUGGGAGAUUCUGGAGCGGUGCCGGAGUCAGCGUUUUCCACCACCAUCAAAAUACCAAAUUAUGGAAUUGCUCAUGAAAGAAUAGUGUCACAACCAUCCAAUAAAGUUAGACACUUGUAGAAUAUGCCAAGUUGCAUUGAAGCUUUUACAUUUUAGUCAUUUAGCAGACACUCUUAUCCAGAGUGACUUACAGGAGCAAUUAGGGUUAAGUGCCUUG